GCCGAGCCCGGGUCGCCGGCCGCGUCGCCCUCCCCUCGGGCUCCGCGUCGGAGUGGAUCGCGGCCUGGUCCCCGCCGACGGCCCCGCAGCCCCUCCGUGAGGACCGACAGCCGCGGCGACCGCGCCUCCGCGCCGGGUUUUCGGUGGUCCGGGUGCCCCCGUCUUCCCGGCCUCCCGUUUCCCCAGAAGGAAGCGCGGGUCCCGCAUGAGCUCCGGCGGUGGCGCCAGCGAAAGGGAACGAGGCGGUGGCGGGCGGAGGCGGCGGGAGCGGGCGACGACAACCACCAGCGAGGCGGCCGCAGCUGCGGGAGCAGCAGCCCGGGUGCGGGGGCCGAGACAGAAACUUAUUUCUCACAGUUACGGAGGCUGAGAAGUCCCAAGAUCAAAGUGCUGGAAAAUUCAUGGAUAUCUGAUCACCAGGAGAACCCCAGUCUGACGACACCGAAUCUAGCCGAAUGUUGGCUGUUUUUUAAAGACAAAACACAUCUACAAAGACCAGUCAGUCCUUAUUCUUCAAAUAUUGAGACACCAAAUAUGACCACAAGGAUCAAGAACAGUCGGAAACAUGCCACCACCAAAGGAACAAAGAAGCGAGCAGCUGCAAAGCACCUAAUAGAACGCUACUACCACCAGUUAACUGAGGGCUGUGGAAAUGAGGCCUGCACGAAUGAGUUUUGUGCUUCUUGUCCAACUUUUCUUCGUAUGGAUAACAAUGCAGCAGCUAUUAAAGCCCUGGAGCUUUAUAAGAUUAAUGCAAAACUCUGUGAUCCUCAUCCCUCCAAGAAAGGAGCCAGCUCGGCUUACCUUGAGAAUUCAAAAGGUGCCCCUAACAACUCGGAGAUAAAAAUGAACAAGAAGGAUGGAAAACCUAGGAUUGACUUUAAAGAUGUGAGUUACCUAACUGAAGAGCUGGUAUAUGAAAUUCUUGAAUUAUGUAGAGAAAGAGAGGAUUAUUCUCCUUUAAUUCGUGUCAUUGGAAGAGUUUUUUCUAGUGCUGAGGCAUUGGUACAGAGUUUUCGGAAAAUCAAACAACACACCAAGGAAGAACUAAAGUCUCUUCAAGGAAAGGAUGAAGACAAAGAUGAAGAUGAAAAGGAAAAAGCUGCGUGCUCUGCUGCUGCCAUGGACGAAGACUCAGAAGCGUCUUCCUCCAGGAUAGGCGAUAGCUCACAGGGAGACAAUGAUGUACAAAAGUUAGGCUGUGAGGAUGUGUCAGUGGACAUUGACUCCAUAAGAAGGGUCUACACAAGAUUGCUCUCGAAUGAAAAAAUAGAAACUGCCUUUCUCAAUGCACUUGUGUACUUGUCACCUAAUGUGGAAUGUGAUUUGACGUAUCAUAACGUAUACUCCCGAGAUCCUAAUUAUCUGAAUUUGUUCAUUAUUGUAAUGGAGAAUAGAAAUCUCCACAGUCCUGAAUAUCUGGAAAUGGCUUUGCCGUUAUUUUGCAAAGCUAUGAGCAAGUUACCUCUUGCAGCCCAAGGGAAACUGAUUAGACUGUGGGCGAAAUACAGUGCAGAUCAGAUUCGGAGAAUGAUGGAAACGUUUCAACAACUUAUUACUUAUAAGGUCAUAAGCAAUGAAUUUAAUAGCCGAAAUCUAGUGAAUGAUGAUGAUGCCAUUGUUGCUGCUUCAAAGUGCUUGAAAAUGGUUUACUAUGCAAACGUAGUCGGAGGGGAAGUGGACACAAACCACAAUGAAGAAGAUGAUGAAGAGCCCAUCCCUGAGUCCAGCGAAUUGACACUUCAAGAGCUUUUGGGAGAGGAAAGAAGAAAUAAGAAAGGUCCUCGAGUGGACCCCCUGGAAACUGAACUUGGUGUUAAAACUCUAGAUUGCCGGAAGCCACUUAUCUCUUUUGAGGAGUUCAUUAAUGAACCACUGAAUGAUGUUCUAGAAAUGGAUAAAGACUACACGUUUUUCAAAGUAGAAACAGAGAACAAGUUCUCCUUUAUGACGUGUCCCUUUAUAUUGAAUGCUGUCACAAAAAAUCUGGGACUGUACUAUGACAAUAGAAUCCGCAUGUACAGUGAACGAAGAAUCACUGUUCUCUACAGCCUAGUGCAAGGACAGCAGUUGAAUCCAUAUUUGAGACUUAAAGUCAGACGUGACCAUAUCAUAGAUGAUGCACUUGUCCGGUUAGAGAUGAUUGCUAUGGAAAACCCUGCAGACUUGAAGAAACAGUUGUAUGUCGAAUUUGAAGGAGAACAAGGAGUUGAUGAGGGUGGUGUUUCCAAAGAGUUUUUUCAGCUGGUUGUGGAAGAAAUCUUCAAUCCAGAUAUUGGCAUGUUCACAUAUGAUGAAUCAACAAAGUUAUUUUGGUUUAACCCAUCCUCUUUUGAGACGGAGGGUCAGUUUACCCUGAUUGGCAUAGUACUGGGCCUGGCUAUUUACAAUAACUGUAUACUGGACGUACAUUUUCCCAUGGUUGUCUACAGGAAGCUGAUGGGGAAGAAAGGAACUUUCCGAGACUUGGGGGACUCUCACCCUGUUCUAUAUCAGAGCUUAAAGGAUUUAUUGGAAUAUGAAGGGAAUGUAGAAGAUGAUAUGAUGAUCACUUUCCAGAUAUCACAGACAGAUCUUUUUGGCAACCCAAUGAUGUAUGAUCUAAAGGAGAAUGGUGAUAAAAUUCCAAUUACAAAUGAAAACAGGAAGGAAUUUGUCAAUCUCUAUUCUGACUACAUUCUCAAUAAAUCGGUAGAAAAACAAUUUAAGGCUUUUCGCAGAGGUUUUCAUAUGGUAACCAAUGAAUCUCCCUUAAAAUACUUAUUCAGACCAGAAGAAAUUGAAUUGCUUAUAUGUGGAAGCCGGAAUCUAGAUUUCCAGGCACUAGAAGAAACUACAGAAUAUGACGGUGGCUAUACCAGGGACUCUGUUGUGAUUAGGGAGUUCUGGGAAAUCGUUCAUUCGUUUUCAGAUGAACAGAAAAGGCUCUUCUUGCAGUUUACAACGGGCACAGACAGAGCGCCUGUGGGAGGACUCGGGAAAUUAAAGAUGAUUAUAGCCAAAAACGGCCCCGACACAGAAAGGUUACCUACAUCUCAUACUUGCUUUAAUGUCCUUUUACUUCCGGAAUAUUCAAGCAAAGAAAAACUUAAAGAGAGAUUGUUGAAGGCCAUCACUUAUGCCAAAGGAUUUGGCAUGCUGUAAAACAAAAAUCAAAAAACAAAAAGGAAGAAAAAAAAGAGAAAAAGUUUAAAAAUGUAAUAAAUAUCACGAGGGAUAACGUUGGUGUUGAUAGUGUCACAGUGUGAAAGGCUGUAAGAUAGCGAACCGCAGUAGUCAUCCGUGUCUGUGCCUCCCUUCUUCAUUUGGGACAUGUGGGCUGAACAGCAGGUUUCAGCUGCAUAGAUGAACAAAUCCUUUAUUAUUAUUAUAAUUAUUUUUUGUGUGAAAGUGUUACAUAUUCUUUCACUUGUAUGUACAGAGGUUUUUCUGAAUAUUUAUUUUAAGGGUUAAAUCACUUUUGCUUGUGUUUAUUACUGCUUGAGGUUGAGCCUUUUUGAGUAUUUAAAUAUAUAUACCAACAAAACUACUCUCCCAAGAAAAACAUUGCCAUCAUUUCGUAGACCAUGGAACCUGCAAGUAUGUGGUUUUUUGGUGUUUUUUUGUUUUUUUGUUUUUUUUUUUGGUCCCUGUAUCUAACUCAAAUCAGGAACUGUUUUUUUCCCCCUAAUGAUUUUUGCUUUUGAAACUUGAAGUCUUGGAAACAGUGUGAUGCAAGUACUGCUGUUCUAGCCCCCCUAAAGAGUUUCCUGUGCAAAAUCUUGGAAAUCAAUAAAGAUGGAAGGGAGAACUUGGAAUGUUUGAACUGCAACCCUCAGAACUUUAGUAACAGCACAACAAAUUAAAAAACAACUCAUGCCACAGUACAUCAUCUUCAUGUGUCUUGCAAUGAACUGUUUCAGUAGCCAACCCUUUUUCUUAGACUAUGGAAGGACAGGGAUUUUUUUUUUUCUUUUUGUUGUUGUUCUUGUUUUAAGUUUACUGGGGAAAGUGCAUUUGGCCAAAUGAUAUGGUAGUCAAACCUGUUGCAACAAAGUUAGGACGUUCGUUGUUUGUUCUAAACAAAAAGCAUGUGAAAGCGCACUUAAACUUUAUUAAUUACUCAUUACCUAGGUUUUACACAGACAAUCCAGCGUUUCCCCUUCAUGUUGCCGUCACCUUGUUCAAUCGGCCGUUUCAUUAAGGCACGAGAUCAGUGUUGCAGUGUAACAGAAAGGAUGGCUACUGUGCCUUGUGUUACUUAGUCAUACGAGUAAGUAGGCCUGGAAAUGAAUGGAAUUUUUACUCCUAAGAAUUAAAUUGUAUAUCCCCAAAGAUUAAAUUCUGCUUUCAAAAGUACUGUUAAAAAGAUUACUUUCAAUGUACUACAGAAAAUAAUAGGUUUAAAUGACUGGAUAUUUAAGGCAGUAAUUUCCCUGUUCCUAGUCUUCUGUGUCUGUGAUGUUCAUUUCCUUUUUUUUUUCCUUUUGCAUUAUAAAAUAAAAGGAUUAUGUAUUUUUAACUAAGGAGAGACAUUGAUAUAUCAUUUUACUGCAGGCUACAGCUCAUGUGCUGAGCUUGUGCCUUGAUGAUUAUUUAAACAGAUUACUGCAGAUCAGCCUGAUAAUUUGUCUGAAAUUGGCAUGAAAAAUAAUAGCUUUCAAAUCAUUGGAGGGGGAAAAAGGAUGUCUUUCAGGAUUAUUUUAAUUCUUUUGGUAAUUGAAAUACAACUGUUAAUAUGUACUGUGAUGCUAAUAAAAUAGUGGCAUUUAUUUUUCACUAUAAUUGAAUGGAAAAAGAAAAUAUUGUGAUGUGAUAAGGUAACAUGGGGAUUUUCUGGGCCAACCUUUAGAAUACUUAUGGUAUAUACACUACAAUUCAAGGAACCCUCAGUCAUUUUAAAGAGCCUCUCAUCCACUGUGCUUCUUAGUAUUAUGGACAUGAGAAGUUAAGAUGUGCUGGGGAUGAAUUCUAUUUAAUCAGUUCGCAAAUUCUCAGUUUCUAUUAUCAAUAUAGUAUUGAAGUCCUAUAAUUUUGGUAGCAUAUCUGUAUGAGUUUCAAAAAUUACAAUUGAGUAGAGGUUAUCAGUUAUUUAAGUCACAUCAAUAAGAUUUAGCAAGGUGUCCAAAAUAAAUCCACCCUUAAUUCAUCUUUUUUUAUUUUGGGAGAAAAAAAAAGUCACUUCUCUCACCUCCUUAAGUAAUCAGUUACUGCAUCAUAUUAUUCAUUAUGAUAGUCUUUUAUUAUUUACUAGAAUGCCAGUGAACAGAAUCUUAAGACCAAAACAAAUUUCGACUGUGACAGCUACUCUCUCUGUCCCCAAAUGUUAGGUUAUAAAAGCACUUCUGGGGGAGACUAUUCUCUUACCUGCUUUGGUUUACUUUAAAUUGGUCCAUUACCUCCAGGGCAGAGGGAGAAUUGAGCUAUAAACUAGUUUCCUAAUUAAAAUGUUAUUUUCCUACAUGUAAUUUCUUACCUUUCGGUAUUAUAGAACAGUCAUAUGUAAAACAUAAAAAUACAGCCUGCCACACACUUUGGAAUCUGGCAGCUCUAGCAGAUGAAUUGGCUCUCCAGACUCUGUUUAUUGCGUUUCUGGACUGUGAUUGUGAAAGUCCAAUUAGGAUUUCUUUAGCUUUAUUUUCAGACACAUUUCUGUGUAGGUACACCGAAAUAAAGAAACCUGAGAAUGAGGCUUCAAAUAGAGCACUUAACUGUAUCAUUCAUUCAUUCAUUCAUUCAUUCAUUCUGAGUUUAUUUAGCCAGGUGUUUUACUGGAAAGGACAAGUGGUUGUAAUGGGCCAGCACUUCCAUUUCAGUAGGAGCCCGUUAGGCUGAGGUUUUCCCCGUUGAGGGGUUUCUCAAGAAUUCAAAUAAGCUGUCAGAGGAAGUGUCUUCCUAAAUUACUGUAAUCUGGGCCCCCUUAGCUGCUUACCUCAACAAUAUUUUGUUUUCUGUCCAGCCUUCUCUUUAUCUAGCACUACCUAUAUUCGUCCUAUCUUUCCCCAGACCACCAAAGAACCAAAAAAGCUUCCAGUUGCUGCCUCUUUGACUUUGCUUGCCUUUACCAAGUGUAGAUUUCCUGGCAUUUUCUGGCCUUCCCUGUUCAUGUGUUGGCAAUUGUUAACAAUCAUGGCAAGAAGGUUUUGGCCAGAUGUAGGCUAGAUUUCACUGGACUGUUUCACUUAAAAUUCAUUUCUGAAGCAUAUUCAUCACUUCCUAGUUGCCAAAAUCUGAGUUCUUAACUUUGAACCUUGCCAUCACUCUAAACUUGGGCUGCUCUUUUCCGUCUGCUCCUUUUCUGUCCAGAUGUUGGAUUUCCUUCAGCUUCUACUCAGAAGACCUGAAGCUGACCACUUCUUUGGUCUGCCUCAGUCACUCUCAUUCUUCUCCAAUUUUGCAUCUCCUUCCUCCGUUUUCAUGGGAAAUGCCCCCAGCAUGCAGAAGCACACUUAGUGAAGCUAGCCUGAUUUUUCACUAAACAUGGCCUUUUCUACUCCUUAUUUAAAAAUAUUUGGAUAUUUAGUGAUUAAGGAUUUGCCUCCUUGAGGAGGUUUCUUGGAGUCACUGGCUCUGUUAUUUCAGCAUGUGGCUCAUUAAUAGAGAGACAGAGGCCUGCGGGUCCCUGAAAGCCAGCUUCUGUGUAGCUGUCCAGUCUGCUCUUGUGCGCAGUGGCCAGGCACCUCCAUCCUCUCCCGGAGCAGGGAAUGCUGCUGUUGCCAAGUGUUCAAGGAGGCUGAGCUCGGCUAUACCACAUGCAGCACUGUGAUGAGUCCCACCCGACACACCGCAGGAGAGUCACAUCAGCCUUGCUCUUGCACUUGCCAUUUAGGUUCUAAAGGGAACUAACUCCCUGCGCACAUGAGGCCCCUUGUCCAGGUGACUUCUCAUCUUCACAGGGUAGUUCACUGUGAUAGGACAGACGGGUCACGUACCUUGCCUGAAGUUAACACAGCCAGAUGAAGUAAGGGCUGUACCUACUACACCUAUGUAAAACGAGCCAUUUUCCCCAUUGCCAAAAACAUUCAUAUCAAGAGCUUUAGGUUUCAGCUCAGUAGGAUGCAGAGUAUUUAUCCUAAUUAUCCUCCAGUCCCCAAAGAAUCCAUAGAAAGUGGGCUGGGAUGUGCCUGGGGAACCAGCAGCACACAGUGGGUGAGAGUGCAGCCUUGAGAGUCAGGCGGCUCACGUUGCCAUUCCUGGCCGGGCUACAUCCUCCCUUGGCUUGCAUUAUACCCAAUCCUACCUUAUCACCAGUUGUCAGGAUUCAGUGCAAUUGAGAUCCAGACACUAGGCAACAUCUUGCAAGACAUCCUGAGAGAGAGAGGGGGGUUCUCCCAAAAUUUGCCAGUCAAAUAAGAGAACAGGAAAUAUUGAGAGAUUGGAAGUGUUUGAUAAAGAUUUUGCAAGAGUUGACCUCUCAUCCACCUCAAAAUAGAAGAGGAGUGCUUUCCCUCAUCUUUAAGAUAUAAUUCACAUACAUAAAACCACCCUCUUGAAAGUGUAAAAUUUGUGGUUCUUAGUAUGUUCACAGAAUUGUGCAGUUGUCAUCAUUAUAUAGUUCCAGAGCAUUUUCAUUACUGUAAAAAAGAAAAACAAAAACAAAAAACUGUACCCAUUAGCAGUGACUGCCUGUUCUUACCUCCCAGCCCCUGACAACCACUAAUGUACUUUCUGACCAUGGAUUUGCUUAUUUUGGAUAUUUCCUAUCAAUGGAAUCAUCAUAUGUGGCCUUUUGUAUCUCCCUCCCCUCUAGAGUAAUGUUUUCAAAGUGCAUCUGUGUUGUAGCAUGUAUUGGUACUUUGUUUCUUUUGUGGCUGAAUACUGUCAUUGUAUUGAUAUCCUGUAUUUUUUGUUUAUCCAUUCAGUUGGUGGAUACUUGUGUUGUUUCUGCUUCUUGGCUAUUAUGAAUACUACAAUCAUGAACAUUUGUGUACAAGUUUUUAUGUGGACCUAAGUUUUCAUUUCUCCUGGUUGUAUCUUUUAAGUGUCUUGUGGUUUUAGUUCUUAUAUUUAGGGGUCUUUGGUCCAUUUUUGCAUGUGGUGCAUUGUAGCAGUCCAGCUCCAUUUGUUGGUAUGUGGAUAUCCAGUAGAACAAACGCCGAUUGUUGAACAGACUGUUCUCUCCUCAUGGAAUGGUCUUGGCACCCUUGUCAAAAAACAAGUGACCAUAAAUAUAAGACUUUUAAUUUUGGACUCUCAAUCCCCCCCAUUGUUCUAUAUGUGUGCCCUUAUGCCAGUACCACAUUGUGUAGAUUACUGUAACUUUUGUGGUAAGUUUUGAAUUUGAGAUUUGUGAGUCCUUCAACUUUGUUCUAUUUCAAGAUCAUUUUGGAUUUAUUCUGAGUUCCUUGUAUUCUACAUGAAUUUUGAGAUCAAUUUGUUAAUUUCUGCAAAAACAAGCACCUGGGAUUUUGAUAGUGAUUGUGUUAAAUCUGUAGAUCACAUUGAAGAAUGUUGCUAUUUUAACAGUAUUAAAUUUUCCAGUUCAUGAACAUGGAGUCUCUUUCCAUUUGUUGAGGUCUGUAGUUUCUUUCAAUGAUGUUUAAUUGAUUUCUGUGUAUAAGUCUUGACCUGUUUGGCUACUUUUUUUUGCAGGUAUUUUAUUUUUGAUGUUAUUACAAACAUUUAUUUUCUAGUUUUCAUUUUUUGGGUUAUCUAUUUGUAGUGUUUAGAAAUACAAUUGAUUUUUGUAUAUUGACCUUGUAUACUGUAGCUAUUCUGAACUCAUUUAUUCUAAUUUUUUAAAAAAAAUUUUCUACAUACAAGAUCAUGUGUCUGUGACUAGAUACUUUUACUUCCUUUCAAAUUGAUUCUUUUUAUUUUAUGUUCUUGCCUAAGUGCCCUGGCUAGCACCUUCAGUACAAUAUUGAAUAGAAAUGGCAAGAGUGGACAUCUUUUUCUUGUUCCUGAUUUUAGGGGGAAAGCAUUCAGUCUUUCACCACAAAGUAUGAUGUUAGCUGUGGGUUUUUUCAUAGAUGCGUCCAGUUGAGGAAAUUCCCAUCUAUUCCUACUUUGUUGAGUGUUUUUAUCCAAAAAGGGGGGGGGGGUGUAUUGGAUUUUGUCAAAUGCUUCUGUAUCUAUAAAGGUUGUCAUGUAGUUUUGUCCUUUAUUCUAUUGAUAUGUUGUAUUACAUUGAUGGAUUUUUGUAUAUCAAACCAACCUUGCAUUCCUGGAAUAAUCCCACUUGUCUAUGCUACAUAAACCAUUUUCUAUGCUGCUGGA